UUCGGUUCCGAGAGCACCUGGAACGCAACCAUCUUUCCCACGACUGAGGGUCUGGUGUUCACAUCCCUUCCCUGAGCUGCCCACGGGGGGAAUGGCACUGCCAAGAAAGCCUAACAUGUUUGAUCUGGGCCUGGGCACGUGGAGCCUUAGCUCCCAGGAGGAGAGCCAGAGGGCGCAGGGACCCCCCAACAGUGUCCGCAAGAAGCUGCCUGAGUACAAGGCGGUAGUGGUUGGUGCAAGUGGCGUGGGCAAGAGUGCGCUCACCAUCCAGCUGAACCACCAGUGCUUUGUGGAAGACCACGACCCCACGAUCCAGGAUUCCUACUGGAAGGAGGUGGCCCUGGGUCAUGGGGGCUGCAUUCUGAAUGUCCUGGACACGGCAGGACAGGCCACCCAUAGGGCCCUGCGUGACCAGUGUGUGGCCAUCGGGGAUGGUGUGCUGGGGGUCUUCGCCCUGGAUGACCCCUCGUCUUUAGCCCAGCUGCAGCAGAUGCGGGCCACCUGGGGCCCUCACCACACCCAGCCCCUCGUCCUUGUGGGCAACAAGUGUGACCUUGUGACCGCCACCGGAGAUGCUCAUGCCGCUGCUGCGGCCCUUGCGAAGAGCUGGGGGGCCCCCUUCGUGGAGACCUCAGCCAAGACGCGGCAAGGGGUGGAGGAGGCCUUCACCCUUCUCAUCCAGGAGAUCCAAAAAGUCCGGGAGGCCAUGGCAAAGGAGGCCGUGGCUGGGCCAGGUGGGGAGAAGGGCCGGCACGAGAAGACCAUGUGCCGCUGCGGCUGUUCCGUGGCCUAA